AUGCAGCUGAUAAAGCACGAGAAGUCGUUUCAUCUUCUUUAUGUGCUUAUUGUGCUUGUAUUGCUCAUGAAACUUGCUCCUAGGUUCAUUUCUGGAGUGAAAGGGGCAACUUUCGGGUGCAUAGAGAGGGAGAGACAAGCCCUUCUCAAGUUUAAAGAAGACCUUAUUGAUGACUUUGGUAUUCUUUCAACUUGGGGAAGUGAAGAAGAGAAGAGGGAUUGCUGCAAAUGGAGAGGAGUUGGAUGCAACAAUCGAACUGGUCAUGUUACUCAUCUUGAUCUUCACCGGGAGAAUGGCGGCAAGUAUUUAACUGGUAAGAUCAGUAAUUCAUUACUGGAGUUGCAGCAUUUGAGUUACCUGAAUCUAAGUGGAAGCGAAUUUGAAUUGAGUUCUUUUGAAGGGAGUCCUUUUCCGUAUUUCAUUGGGUCCCUAAAAAACCUAAAAUACCUUGAUCUCUCCUUUAUUGGUGUUGUUGGAACUCUCUCAAAUCAGUUUUGGAACCUUUCAAGACUACAGUAUCUUGAUCUUAGUGGUAAUUAUUAUGUUAAUUUUACAAGUCUUGAAUUCCUCUCCAACCUUUUUUCUCUUGAGUACCUUGAUCUAAGUGGAAAUAAUGUCAGUCAAGCUAUUGAUUGGAUGCAAAUAGUUAACAAGCUGCCUUUUUUAAAAAUCUUACGGUUAAGUGGAUGUGAUCUUUCAAAAAGCAGUCCCCCAUCUCUUUCUUCUACAAAUUCUUCUAAAUCCCUAGCUGUCAUUGAUCUCUCUCAAAACUAUCUUGCUUCUUCAACAUUCAAUUGGUUGUCCAACUUUAAUAGCAGCCUUGUUGAUCUUGAUCUUACAAGUAACUGGAUUAUCAGUUCUGAAAACCUCGAUUGGCUUUCCCAUCUUUCUUCUUUAGAGCAUCUUUACUUGAGUAACAAUAACCUUAGUCAGACGAUUGACUGGCUGCAAAUGCCUAACAGGCUCCCUCGCUUACAUGAAUUGUUGUUAAGUUCUUGUAGCCUUUCAAUUAUCGGUUCUCCAUCUCUUUCUCUUGUAAACUCCUCUAAAUCUCUUGCUCUCGUUGAUUUCUCUUUGAACGAUCUUUCCUCUUCAAUAUUCUAUUGGUUGGCCAACUUCGGUAACAGCCUUGUUGAUCUUGACCUCUCACAUAACCAUUUACAAGGUUCAAUUCCAGAUGCUUUCACGAACAUGACUUCUCUUAGGAUUCUUGAUCUAUCCUCUAACCAAUUACAAGGCGAUUUGAGUUCAUUUGGGCAGAUGUGCAGUUUAAAUAAAAUGUAUAUAAGCGAAAACAAUCUCAGUGGAGAGCUGUCUCAGUUGUUUGGAUGCGUGGAGAGCUCACUAGAGAUUCUGCACCUACAUGGAAAUCAGCUUCAAGGUUCACUGCCCGACAUCACAAGAUUCACUUCCAUGAGAGAGCUGGAUCUCUCUCGGAAUCAACUGAAUGGAUCUUUACCAAAACGAUUUAGUCAGCGUUCUGAACUUGUUUUCUUGUACUUGGACGACAACCAACUCACUGGAUCACUUACAGAUGUUACGAUGGUUUCAUCAUUGAUAGAGUUGAGGAUCCGUAACAAUCGCUUAGAUGGGAAUGUUUCUGAAAGUAUUGGAAGCCUAUCUCAACUCGAGGAAUUGCAUGUCGGAGGGAAUUCUCUGCGAGGAGUGAUGUCUGAAGCUCACUUUUCAAAUCUCUCCAAAUUAACGGUAUUGGAUUCCACUGAUAACUCCCUAUAG